AUGCUUAUCACGCUGUGCUGCCUGUACCUGUGGGUGCGCGGGGGUCCCCCAGCUGCGCACGUGCAGGAUACAGUGUGGCAGCUGCGUGCCUCGUGCUACUCCCUCACCUUCUGCGUCAGCGACAGCCAGUUCAUUGAAGACUUGAGCAAGUGGGCCCUAUGUCUUGUGUCUCCUUUUAUACUUGAAGCAGAACACAUAGCAUUUGUGACAGAGAGCAUUUGGGUACAAAGUGAGACUUUGCAGAGAUCAUCCUCCUCUUCAGAAACAAUUGUCAAGUGGUCCGACUGUUGUUUGCCAUUAGCUUGCAGACCUGGGGAUCCUUAUCGGUUAAUUGCGGAAGCAAGUGUGGACAGCUUCAGCAGGCUGGGCGUGGCGUUCAUGGAAGAUAGACUCCACAUGGAUAAUGGUCUGGUACCCCAAAAGAUUGUGUCGGUGCACUUGCAGGACUCCACCCUGAAGGAAGUGAAGGAUCAGGCCUCACACAAGCAAGCCCAGAUCCUAAAACCGAAGCCUGAAUCUUCUUUUGAGAUUCAGCCUGAGCAGGACGGUAUGGAGCAUGUUGGCAGAGAUGACCCGAAGGCUCUUGGUGAAGAGCUCAAACAGGGGAGAGGCAGUACCGGGAGUGAGCCUGCUGGAGACAGUGACAGGGGAGGGGGCCCCAUUGAGCAUUAUCACCUCCACCUGUCCAGUUGCCACGAGUGUCUGGAACUUGUGAACAGCACCAUUGAGUCAGUCAAGUUUGCAUUAGCAGAGAACAUUCCAGACCUUCCCUAUGAUUAUAGCAGCAGUUUGGAGACUGUUGCUGAUGAGACUGGCCCUGAAAGAGAGGCGGGGAGAGUCAACCUCACUGGAAAGGCACCGAACAUCCUCCUCUAUGUGGGCUCCAACUCCCAGGAAGCCCUCGGCCGCUUCCAGGAGGUCCUGUCCGUGCUGGCCGACUGUGUGGACAUUGACAGUUACAUUCUCUACCACCUGCUGGAGGAAAGUGCCCUCAAAGACCCGUGGACGGACAACUGUCUGCUAUUGGUCAUUGCUACCAGGGAGUCCAUCCCCAAAGUCCUAUACCAGAAGGUCAUGGCCUAUCUGUCUCAGGGAGGGAAGGUGCUGGGCCUGUCUUCAUCCUUCACCUUUGGUGGCUUUCAGGUGACAAGCAAGGGUGUGCUGCGGAAGACGGUUCAGAACUUGGUUUUCUCCAAGGCUGACCAGAGCGAGGUGAAGCUCAGCGUGAGCAGUGGCUGCAGGUACCAGGAAGGCCCCGGAGAGCGGCUCAGCCCCGGCGGGCUCCAGGGCCACCUGGAGAAUGAGGACAAGGACAGGAUGAUUGUGCGUGUGCCUUUUGGAACUCAUGGGGGAGAAGCUGUUCUUUGCCAGGUACUCAGGGCAGCGUGGAUUUGGUGA